AUGGCAAUGGAAACCAAACAGCAGACGGAAGCCAUGAUAGCUUUCAUGUACAUCGCCUUAGUAGUUGGCCUGUUCCUGCUCAACUCAGAUCGCAUUCAGAAAGCCAUUGAGAUAUGGAACGAAUGUUUGAUUUUGCUAAAUAACACCGAUCAAAACAGCAAAGACCAAUUCAUUUCACGACUCCCACUAAUAUACAAGGCCAUUUAUUCUGCUCUUUUCGGCGCUUAUCGUAGUAUCUCUGACUACAUCAGUGCGGAAAGAUACGGCAUGAAACUGCUUGUCUUACUCAGCGAGACUGGUGACUUAGUAACAGAAGGAGAUGUAAGCAUGGCUCUAGCAGAGAUAAUUGAGAGUCAAAACAGGUUUACAGACGCCAAAAACCUUUAUGAAAAAGCAGUUAAUAUAAAGAGACAGACGGGUGAAAAAAAUGGAGAAGCAAGCGCCUGCAUAAGACUCGGAAAUAUGUUUCAUAAACUUGGCGAAAACCUUAAAGCGAAGAAGUAUCUUCAGAGGGCCCUUGCCAUAACAACCGAAAUUGGCGACAAAAGAGGAGAAGCAUCCUGUCACGGAAACCUAGGAGCAGUGCUUCAGUCGCUCGGGCAAUACGACAAGGCUAAAGAGUAUCUCCAAAAAGCGCUUGUCAUUAGAACUGAGAUUGGCGACCGAAAAGGAGAGGCAUUAUGCUACGGAAACCUAGCUACUGUGUUUCAUUCGCUCGGGCAAUACGACAAGGCUAAAGAGUAUCUUCAAAAAGCGCUUGUCAUCAGAACUGAGAUUGGCGACAGAAAAGGAGUAGCAGCUGACUACGGAAACCUAGGUACUGUGUUUCAUUCGCUCGGGCAAUACGACAAGGCUAAAGAGUAUCAUCAAAAAGCGCUUGUCAUCAGAACUGAGAUUGGCGACAGAAAAGGAGUAGCAGCUGACUACGGAAACCUAGGUAUUGUGUUUCAUUCGCUCGGGCAAUACGACAAGGCUAAAGAGUAUCUCCAAAAAGCGCUUGUCAUCAGAACUGAGAUUGGCGACAGAGAAGGAGUAGCAGCUGACUACGGAAACCUAGGUACUGUGUUUCAUUCGCUCGGGCAAUACGACAAGGCUAAAGAGUAUCUUCAAAAAGCGCUUGUCAUCAGAACUGAGAUUGGCGACAGAAAAGGAGUAGCAGCUGACUACGGAAACCUAGGUACUGUGUUUCAUUCGCUCGGGCAAUACGACAAGGCUAAAGAGUAUCUUCAAAAAGCGCUUGUCAUCAGAACUGAGAUUGGCGACAGAAAAGGAGUAGCAGCUGACUACGGAAACCUAGGCACUGUGUUUCAUUCGCUCGGGCAAUACGACAAGGCUAAAGAGUAUCAUCAAAAAGCGCUUGUCAUCAGAACUGAGAUUGGCGACAGAGAAGGAGUAGCAGCUGACUACGGAAACCUAGGUACUGUGUUUCAUUCGCUCGGGCAAUACGACAAGGCUAAAGAGUAUCUUCAAAAAGCGCUUGUCAUCAGAACUGAGAUUGGCGACAGAAAAGGAGUAGCAGCUGACUACGGAAACCUAGGUACUGUGUUUCAUUCGCUCGGGCAAUACGACAAGGCUAAAGAGUAUCAUCAAAAAGCGCUUGUCAUCAGAACUGAGAUUGGCGACAGAAAAGGAGUAGCAGCUGACUACGGAAACCUAGGUACUGUGUUUCAUUCGCUCGGGCAAUACGACAAGGCUAAAGAGUAUCUCCAAAAAGCGCUUGUCAUCAGAACUGAGAUUGGCGACAGAGAAGGAGUAGCAGCUGACUACGGAAACCUAGGUACUGUGUUUCAUUCGCUCGGGCAAUACGACAAGGCUAAAGAGUAUCUUCAAAAAGCGCUUGUCAUCAGAACUGAGAUUGGCGACAGAAAAGGAGUAGCAGCUGACUACGGAAACCUAGGUACUGUGUUUCAUUCGCUCGGGCAAUACGACAAGGCUAAAGAGUAUCAUCAAAAAGCGCUUGUCAUCAGAACUGAGAUUGGCGACAGAAAAGGAGUAGCAGCUGCCUACGGAAACCUAGGCACUGUGUUUCAUUCGCUCGGGCAAUACGACAAGGCUAAAGAGUAUCUCCAAAAAGCGCUUGUCAUCAGAACUGAGAUUGGCGACAGAAAAGGAGAGGCAUCAUGCUACGGAAACCUAGGUACUGUGUUUCAUUCGCUCGGGCAAUACGACAAGGCUAAAGAGUAUCAUCAAAAAGCGCUUGUCAUCAGAACUGAGAUUGGCGACAGAAAAGGAGUAGCAGCUGACUACGGAAACCUAGGUACUGUGUUUCAUUCGCUCGGGCAAUACGACAAGGCUAAAGAGUAUCAUCAAAAAGCGCUUGUCAUCAGAACUGAGAUUGGCGACAGAGAAGGAGUAGCAGCUGACUACGGAAACCUAGGUACUGUGUUUCAUUCGCUCGGGCAAUACGACAAGGCUAAAGAGUAUCAUCAAAAAGCGCUUGUCAUCAGAACUGAGAUUGGCGACAGAAAAGGAGUAGCAGCUGACUACGGAAACCUAGGUACUGUGUUUCAUUCGCUCGGGCAAUACGACAAGGCUAAAGAGUACUUGGAGAAAGCUUUAUCCAUAUCCAGAGAUAUUGGAGAUAGAAGAACAGUGUUCCAAAUUCUUCAAGAAUACGCCAUUUUGUAUUUAUUUCAAAAUAAAGUCGAAGACUCCCUUUCGUGUCUUCAACUUUGUAUUGAAAAGUAUGAGGAGCUGAGAUCUUUCUUGGGCGCCAAUGAUCAGUUCAAAACAUCAUUUCUGGAGCACUCAGGAAUAUUCCCCUACAAGCUGCUUUGCACUCUGCUUUGUGACACCGGAAAAACUCGUGAUGCUCUUUACGUUGAGGAGUUGGGUCGAGCUAGAGGCCUAUCAGACUUGAUGGCAGAGAAGUACUCGGUUGAUACGCACAUCUCUGCUAAUCCACAAUCUUGGUUUGGCAUUGAAAACAUUUUUAGAAAGAAAAACAACUGUACUUGUCUGUACAUUUCUUAUUUUCACAAUCAUCUGCAUUUGUGGAUCUUGAAAACAAGUGGAGUCCUUCACUAUAGAAGAAUAUCACCUGAAGAGAAUCUAGUUCAGGCCGGGUUGCCCAAAGACUUGCCUCUGAGUAAAUUUUUGGCUAAAAAUUUCCGGAGUCUUGGUAUUUUGCCCAUUGAAGAUUGUGAAGAUCGGUCUUUAAAUGUGGUUGAAUCGCAACCUCUCUCCCCCGAACAAAAAAGCUCAGCAAGGUUGCGACUCGUGGAGGAGGGCGAGGACGAGGAAGUCAUUUCAAGUCUAUCCUUGUGUUACAAAAUGUUUAUUGCCCCUGUUUAUGAUUUGCUUGAGGAGCCUGAAGUGAUUAUUGUUCCUGACCGCAGUUUGUACAAAGUUCCCUUUGCUGCCCUGAGUGAAAAGGAGGGAGCCGAAUACCUGUCAGAGACUCGUAGGAUCCGUAUCAUUCCUUCUUUGACAACACUCAAGAUGAUUCAAGAUAGUCCAGAGGACUAUCACAGCAACACUGGUGCCUUGAUAAUAGGCAAUCCCACGGUUGAUGGGCUGUCGCCAUUGCCAGGUGCAAGAAAGGAAGCGGAGAUGGUCGGACUACUGCUGGGCGUUCCCCCCCUGGUUGAAGAGGAAGCAACGAAGCAGGCAGUAAUAGAGCGGAUAAGUUCAGUGAGCCUAAUACAUUUUGCUGCCCAUGGUAACGCCGAAAGGGGAGAAAUUGCCCUCUCCCCCAUUCCUUCUGCCAACAGUCGAAACGCUAUCCCACAGGAAGCUUACAUGUUGACGAUGGCUGAUGUCUCACGAGUGAAAAUCAGAGCCAAACUGGUGGUACUUAGCUGCUGUCACAGUGGAAGUGGAGAGAUAACAGCCGAGGGAGUUAUAGGAAUUGCCCGUGCGUUCUUAGGAUCCGGUGCUCGCUCGGUGUUGGUUGCGCUGUGGGCCAUUUCAGACUCAGCAACAGAGAAGCUGAUGAGUCGGUUCUACGAACACCUUGUUGAAGGAGAAAGUGCCAGUGAAUCCCUUCAUCGGGCCAUGAAGUGGAUGAGAAAAAACGGCUUGACCAAAGUGUCUGAGUGGGCUUCGUUUACGCUGAUUGGAGAUGAUGUUAGGCUCGAGUUCACAAACAGAGGAAAACAGACCCCGACAGAGUAA